AUGGGCCACGAUGGUCUCCCAAAGCCGACUGGUGACGCGGAACUGAUGCCUGCACCGGAAUUCAACCACUCGGGCAGACCGUCAAUAGCAUCAGCAACAGCCCGUGACUCAUAUUCGCCUUCCACGCCACCAUCGCAUGAGGAGGAGAGGCAAAAACGUGGUGAGACUUCAUUGUUCGAUUCAUGGUUGAAUGAAUACUUACAACACUGCGACCAUCAAGCAUACAGAAACACAAUGCCCAAACUCGAUAGAACCAUGACGGACAUCUACGCGGACGAACUAUACAAUCCCAGUUUCCAGAUAACUUCUGCGCCUCCGACUUCGACUCCUGCACCAUCCACUGUCACUCUCUCACCUCAAAACGAUGUCUUCUCACAAAGACUCCAGGCUGCGAACAGUCAACAUCUGAGUGCAUCGAACACACAAGUUCCCCUUACAAUCCCUUCCCGAGAACGUUCUCCAUUUCGACAAGGUUCUCCUCUUGCACCGUCCAGGAACAAUUUUGGGGUCCAGUCUCCCAACUUGAGAUUUGGGACGGCAACACAUAUGCGUGAGCAGCAGAAGGCGGAGAAUGAUGCAAUGGCAUUUCAGAGGCAGCUUGAACGAACAUCCCCAGAGCAGACAACUCCGAAGACAAUCUCCCCAAAGGAUGUUGACCUCGUCUACCACGAGAGCGGGGAGGACGCCAAUACACCACUAUUCCCGCCCCAGCAGCAAAGCCAAGGCCACCCAUCGCGUUACCGACAGCAACCCAUCAUCUCCCACGACCUCUCGGAGGCGGAUGAGAAUGCAUCACAACGCAGCUACGGAAGCAUGGCUACUACACGGCGGGAAAGCUCCUCGACCUAUUCAACAUCCUCGCAAGCUACACAGCAGCAGCAGGGCGCGUUCAACUUCGUGCCUCCUGCUGUGGCGGGCAGUGUUCGACAACUCCCGCAGCAGUAUCCUUUUGUUCCUCAGUCGCGCAGACAACCCAGCAAUCUCUCCAACCUCAGCGAGGAUUUUCCCGCGACGCUGACCUCAAUGGAAUCGAGUAGCAGCGAGUAUGCGCCCGAACACUCGGAGAGCAAAAAGCCCCCAACGACGUCUGCCGAUACAGGAACAUACACAUGCACAUACCACGGCUGCACCUUACGAUUCGACACUCCAGCGAAGCUGCAACGACACAAACGUGAAGGCCAUCGAAACUCGGCGGCGGCGAUCGCCAGCGGGGAUGGGAGCGGUAUGACCUCAGCGGCGCAGCGCAAUUCUCAAGCGGGACCACACAAGUGUGAGAGAAUCAACCCGUCAACAGGCAAGCCGUGCAACACCAUCUUCUCGCGCCCGUACGAUCUGACGCGGCACGAGGAUACGAUCCACAACGCCAGGAAGCAGAAGGUCCACUGCCCGCUGUGUACGGAGGAGAAGACGUUCAGCAGGAACGAUGCGCUCACCCGACAUCUCAGAGUCGUUCACCCUGAUCAUGUUGAUCUCUCCAGGAGCCGGCGCCGCGCGCACGAGUGA